AUAGAUACUGCCUUUUUAAUUCAAUAAUAUGGUACUGUUAAUUUAAAUCAAAACCAACGUGAUGCUGAGUUAACUACAUCAAGGAAACAAAGAACAGGUGAGCAAAUAUUUAGAGUGGGAUAGAGAGUGGCACAACUAUCAUAAGCAUGUUUGGCAGAGAAAUUCCCCCACUCCACGCCACCAUCAUGCUUUCAACUCCGGGAUGGUUAAGGCAUCCGCAGGGGCGUCAUCACACACCCGAGCCAGCUAGGUGAGGCCGCCCUCCAAGAAAUGAAAAGGACGAACAGGAGGACGCUCACGUAUCUGAGCCCGGCUUGAAUGACUUUAGGCCAAUGCCAAGAAAUCUUUUUGUAGGGGGAGCCGAACAGGAUCACCUAAGCGAAACGGAUGAUGAUGAAAGAACACCAACGGGGUAUGCAACCCAACCUGAACAAUUCCAAGUUCCAAUAAGAACAAGACAAAGAUCUUAUAAACCACACAAUUCACAGCGUGAACGACCUGAAAGGUCAACAGAACCUACUCGGACAACCGAGCUCGAAAAGAGAACCAGAGUUCUCGAAAUGGCAAUGGGUAAAAUCCUUGCCCGUCUAAUUCCUGACGACCCCCUGAUUCCUUUGCUGAACAGGGAUGCACAACCAGCUGCGGUUGUUGCAACUCGAAAUUCCCUCGCUCUAAGCAACAUAGUGGUGCCGACCAGGCCAAGGGGAAGUGGAAAGCUAAAUAACGAACCCAGCUCGUCCAAGCAUAGUGAAGAAUUGAUGAGAAAGAACGCAGACCUUGAAAGGCAGCUGCGAGAUGUGCAAAAGUCUAUUGACGAGCUGAAAAGUCCCAGGUCGCACCAACAAACUCUUGAUUUGGAUAGUGCCCCUUUAAACCUGUCCAUUACGGCAGAGUCGUAUCAAGAGGGAUUCAAAAUUCCCCACUUGGAAACAUAUGAUGGCUCAGGCGACCCUGAUGAACAUUUGCACACUUAUCAAGCCAUCAUGAGAAUCCAGAAUGCCAAUGAUGCCAUGAUGUGCAAAGUGUUCCUAGCAACACUCAAGUCAACAACCAGGAGAUGGUAUCACAAACUCCCCAGACAUUCCAUAGACUCAUACUCCCAGCUCGCCAAGCUAUUCUCCAACAAAUUUGUGAGCCAAAGGGAGAUUAAACGUACAGCAAUCGAACUAAUGCAGGUUCAUCAGAAAGAGGGAGAGACCUUGAGGGACUACAUGCAACGAUUCAACAAAGCUACUUUGGACAUUGAUAGCGUCCCCGAUACCAUUUGCUUAUCCGCCUUGUUGCAUGGCUUGAAGCCUGGCCGGUUUUUGGACGACCUGUUGGAGAAUCCACCCAAGUCGUGGAAUGAAGUCAAGAGACCCCCUCCACAAACGCACGAUUCUUCACGAGCCGACAGAAGCAAAUACUGCGACUAUCACCGUGUAUACGGUCAUAACACAGAAGACUGUCAGAGUCUAAAGGACGAGCUUGAAUUCUUGGCUCGCAAUGGGAAAUUGGAGGGGUAUGUGCAAAAGCCUUUUGUUCGGCAACCCACCCAGACCCACUUUGUGCAAGAGUACGGCCGAUCUCAAGCACCUGGAUAUCAGCUCGGUAAUAAUCCAAAUUCUUACCAAGCAGGUCCGUACUCGUCUGAGCCGAACAGAGCAUACAGGGGACCCCCGUUCAAUAGACGUGGGCAAGGACAGAAAGCACCUACGCAGAAUCCAAAGGACCACAGGGGGGUUGGGUAUGGUGGAAUACCUCCGCCAUCUGGCACAAUCAAUAUGAUCUCUGGUGGUAUGCACUCAGGGGGCCAGAGUGCCCGGGCCCAUAAAGCAUAUGCCCGCCAGGUGAUGACGAUCAACAAAAACAAGCCCUUGAAGCGGCCGUUCGAGGAGGCAGAGUGGGAGAAUGCCGCUAUCACAUUCAGCCCAGCAGACUAUAGGCGAGCAGACGGGGAGCCCGACGUUAUGAUGCCUCACGCAGAUCCAUUUGUGGCAGCGGUCCAUAUAGGUAAUCAUAACGUCAACAAGGUCUUUAUUGAUACGAGUAGCUCGCCAGAUAUCCUUUACUGGAGCUACUUCCAGAAGAUGCAGUUGAACUCGAGCUCGCUACAGAAAUAUGAAGGACCCAUUUACGGGUUUGAUAAUCAGCCCGUCCCGGUGGAAGGGGUCAUAACUUUACCCAUCUAUGUGGGCUCAGAACCACGCUUCAGGAUGGCUUCGGUCAGCUUCUUGGUCGUCAAAAUGGAGUCAGCAUUCAACGCCAUAUUAGGAAGAGCUACUCUGUGCGAGCUGAAGGCCGUUAUUUCACAGCCCCAUCUCUACAUGAAAUUCCCAACACCUCAGGGGGUAGGGGUGCUAAAGGGGAAUCAGAGGAUGGCCAGGGCAUGUUAUCAGGAUACGUUUAAGAAGGUUGAGCCGGCUGUAGCCCCUGGAGGCUCUGAAAGUAGUAGGCCGACUCAGCCCGGCCAGCAGACAAUGAGCAUAUCGGACAUUGAGCAUAGACCUGAGGGUGUCGAGCAGAAAGCAGAGCCGGUAGAGCCAGUAGAAACCGUUCCUUUAAACCCCGAUGUGCCGGAAAGAACAGUCAAGAUCGGCACCAAGCUCACAAAAGAAGAACGAGCAGAGCUUCUGGAGUUUCUGAGGGUUAAUCAAGAUGUGUUCGCAUGGACUAUUGAUGAAAUGCCUGGCAUCCCGGCGGAGUUGACAGUCCACAAACUCAGCACAAAUCCCACCAGAAGGCCGGUGGCAGUCUUCAUCAGGAGAGUGGAAUACUUCGAGUGGGUAUCUAACCCCGUCCUCGUCAAAAAGCCAAAUGGCAAGUGGAGGAUGUGCAUUGAUUUCACCAACCUCAAUGAGGCGUGCCCAAAAGACCCUCAUCCCUUGCCCAAUGUUGAGAAGUUAGUAGAACGGGCAGCAGGACACGAACGAAUGAGUUUCCUUGACGCCAGCUCAGGAUAUCAUCAGGUUCAGUUGCUGUUGGACGAUAAGGAGAAAACAGCUUUCUACGCUGGUGACGCUAUCUAUUGCUAUGUGUUGAUGCCAUUUGGCCUGAAAAAUGCUAGCGCAACAUAUCAGAAGCUGGUACAAAUCAUCUUUAAGCUCCAGAUCGGCAGAAACAUAGAAGUGUAUGUGGAUGACAUGAUAGUCACCAGCGUGCGAGCUGAGGACCAUAUAGAUGACCUGAGUGAGACCUUUCAAAAUUUGCGCCGAGCCCAAAUGAAGCUGAACCCCCUGAAGUGCACGUUCGCUGUAGAAUCAGGAAAAUUCCUAGGGUACGUGGUAUCCAAGAAAGGAAUUGAAGUGAACCCAGAGAAGGUUCUGACUGUUCAGCAGAUGGAGCCACCCAAGACUGUAAAGGAUGUGCAACGCUUGACAGGUCGUAUAGUUGCUUUGCACAGAUUCAUAGCCAGGUCGGCGGAAAGGUGCCUACCGUUUUUCAAAGCCUUGCGAGAGCCCAAGCACUUUCAAUGGACCGACGAGUGUCAACAGGCGUUUGACGAGCUCAAGCAGUAUCUAGCAUCUGCACCUCUGCUGUCUAAGCCUGUGGAAGGGGAGAGUUUAUACCUAUACAUGGGAGUUACAGGAGAGGCAGUAAGCUCGGUUUUGCUCAGGGAAGAGAAUAAGAAUCAGAAGCCUAUCUGCUACGUGAGCAAGGUUUUACAAGGUGCAGAGCAGAACUACCCACUAGCAGAAAAGGCUGCAUUUGCCCUGGUUUACACAGCUCGUAAGUUGAGGGCUUAUUUCCAAUCACAUCAGAUUGUUGUCUACAUCGAUUUGCCAUUGAGAAAAAUACUGCAGAAACCCGAACUCUCUGGUCGGCUUAUUGGGUGGAGCGUCGAGCUGAGUGAAUAUGACCUCAAAUUUCAGCCGCGUACUACCAUAAAGGGCCAGGCCGUUGCAGACUUUCUGGUGGAAUGCAUUUCAGCAACUACGGAAGAAAAAACACCUGAGCACCCAGUCUGGGUUUUGUAUGUUGAUGGAGCCGCUAGCAUUGAAGGAUCGGGUGCUGGGGCUGUGUUAGUGGGCCCAGAUGGCUUUAGGUCUGAGCACGCACUGAGGUUUAAGUUUCAGACGACUAAUAACGCUGCAGAAUACGAGGCCCUCAUUUACGGACUAAAGCUGGCGUCCGAGCUGAAGGUGCAAAGCAUUCAAGUUUUUAGCGACUCUCAGCUCGUCGUGGGCCAAGUGAAUGGCAGUUGUGAAGUCAGGGAUCCCCAGCUCGAUCGUUAUGCCUCUGUGGUUAGUAGAUUGAAGUCAAUGUUUGUCUCUUUUCAAAUUGAUAAAAUACCAAGAGCAGAUAACCACCGAGCCGACGAGCUGUCCAAAUUGGCAUCCUCGCAGGACCUUAACCCUCAGAGGUCGACAAUCGUCGAGGUGCUCGACGCCCCAAGCUACACCGAUCUCGCAGCCGAGUGCCAACUGCUGAAUCAGUCCGUUGCAAAGCUGGUUAGACGCAGGGCGGCACAUUUCACUUUAAUAGAUAAUCAGCUCUACAAGCGGGCAGCCUCUAUGCCCCUAUUACGCUGUCUCACUCCUUAUGAAGCUGAAUAUGCUGUGAGAGAGAUUCAUGAAGGAGUAUGUGGCACACAUAUUGGAGGCAAAACCUUAGCUCAGAAGCUCCUAAGGCAUGGGUAUUAUUGGCCAACUAUGGUGGAGGAUGCACAGAGCUAUGUCAAAAAGUGCCCGACCUGCCAGUUCAAUGCUGAUGACAUUCACAUGCCAGGGGAAAUGCUCUCAUCACUCUCAUCUCCCUGGCCUUUUGCUCAAUGGGGAAUCGACCUGCUUGGCCCUUUUGUGAAAGGCAAAGGAAGUUGCACUUGCCUCGUUGUCGUGGUGGAUUACUUCACCAAAUGGAUAGAAGCUAAACCAUUGUCCAUGACAACAGAAAAGAAAAUAGAAGAAUUCUUGUUCAAUUCAAUAUUGUGCAGGUUUGGCAUACCUAAACGGAUCAUCGCCGAUAGUGGUCCGCAGUUCCGAGCAGCCGCACUGAGGUCGUUCUGCAACGACUAUGGCAUUGAGAUCUCCUUGACGUCUGUAUAUACUCCUCAGUCAAACGGACAGGCCGAGUCCGCCAAUAAGAUCGUCUUGCAGGGACUCAAGACGCGUGUUUUAACCGCGCGUUCUAAUUGGGUUGACGAGCUCAAUAAAGUGCUUUGGUCUUGUCGCACCACGCCCAGCUCGGCCACGGGCGAAACCCCAUUCAGCCUUGCUUAUGGAGCUGAAGCCGUUAUCCCAGUGGAGAUCGGAUUGCCCUCUGAUAGAGUAGGUUGGCACGACGAUGAUGACAAUGAGCGACUAUUGAGAGAGAACUUGGACCUUGUGGAAGGGGUCAGGGAGAUGUCUCGAAUGAGAAAUAUGGUGCAUCAGAGUCGUGUGGCAAAAUUUUAUAAUAAGAGGGUUCGAGCUCGCUAGUUUCAGGUCGACGAUCUGGUCCUACGCAAAGCAGGACUAACCAAUGCUCAUUC